CCAACAAUGGCAAGGCAUUUCAACAAUGGCCGGUGCCAUCCCCCGCCGGAUCAUUUGCCUUAAUAUAACUCCCUCCCUCUCUCUCUCUCUCUCUCUCUCGGCCAGUGGCAUCCUUCCUUCCAUUUUGAUCAUCAUUCCAUUGCCUUUUUCUUCUUUCUCUGCAACUCCAAAUCUCAAAAGCCUCAAAAAGCUAGAGAGAGAAAAGCUUUCUCCCCUCCCCACUCUCUCUCUCUCUCCCCCCGGAACAUCAUCAAUAAUCAUUCACUUCCAUUUCCAGCUCGCCUUCGUCUCUCUCUCUCUCUCUCUCUCUAUAUCGCCAGCUCUUCACUCCCUCUCUCCCUCUCUCUCUCCGCCGCUGAGCUCACAAUUCUCGCGGAUAGACUCUCGCCAGAACUUUCAGGCACUGGAACCCAGUGUUGAAGAAAAUCAUUCCUGUCACUUCUGAAAGAAAAACGAGUAUUGCAGAAGAUGUCUAGCUCGACAAAAGUUCUCGAUCCCGCUUUUCAGGGAGCUGGUCAGAGGGUUGGGACCGAUAUUUGGCGAAUUGAGAAUUUUCAGCCUGUUCCUCUGCCUAAGUCCGAGCAUGGAAAAUUCUACUCAGGGGAUUCUUACAUUGUCUUGCAGACAACAUCUGGCAAGGGAGGUGCUUAUCUGUAUGACAUACACUUCUGGAUUGGAAAAGACACGAGUCAAGAUGAAGCCGGCACAGCUGCCAUUAAAACUGUUGAACUUGAUGCGUCCCUUGGAGGGCGUGCCGUCCAGCACAGGGAAAUUCAAGGCCAUGAAUCAGACAAAUUCUUAUCCUACUUCAAACCUUGUAUUAUACCAUUGGAGGGAGGUGUAGCAUCUGGAUUUAAGAAACCUGAGGAAGAAGAGUUCGAAACACGUUUAUAUGUUUGCAAAGGAAAAAGAGUAGUGAGAUUGAAACAGGUCCCGUUUGCUCGGUCUUCACUAAAUCAUGAUGACGUAUUCAUAUUGGAUACUCAGAAUAAGAUAUAUCAGUUCAAUGGCACGAACUCGAAUAUCCAGGAAAGGGCUAAAGCUUUGGAAGUAAUUCAAUUCUUGAAGGAGAAAUAUCAUGAUGGAACAUGUGAUGUUGCCAUUGUCGAUGAUGGGAAAUUAGAUACGGAGUCAGACUCAGGAGAGUUCUGGGUGCUCUUUGGUGGUUUUGCACCGAUUCAUAAGAAGGUGACCUCUGAGGAUGAUGUUGUUCCUGAAGCAACUCCUGCCAAACUGUACAGCAUCAUGGAUGGAGAGGUGAAAGUUGUUGAAGGUGAACUAUCAAAGAGCUUAUUGGAAAACAACAAAUGCUUCCUUCUUGAUUGUGGGGAUGAGAUUUUUGUCUGGGUUGGCCGAGUAACACAAGUGGAUGAGAGGAAAUCUGCUAGCCAAGCGGCUGAGGGGUUUCUCAGCAGCCAAAACAGGCCAAAAGCUACGCGUAUUACGAGAGUCAUUCAGGGCUAUGAACCGCAUGCAUUCAAGUCUAAAUUUGACUCAUGGCCAUCGGGAUCUGCAGCUCCUGCUGAAGAAGGAAGAGGAAAAGUCGCAGCUUUACUGAAGCAGCAAGGGGGUGGUGUCAAGGGCAUGACAAAAGGUUCUCCUGUCAAUGAGGAAGUCCCUCCUCUGCUGGAAGGAGGUGGAAAGAUGGAGGUAUGGCGCAUAAAUGGCAGCGCUAAGACCCCACUGCCAAAAGAGGAUAUUGGAAAGUUUUACAGUGGAGAUUGCUACAUUACACUUUAUACGUACCACUCAGGAGAGAGAAAGGAAGAUUUCUUUCUUUGCUAUUGGAUUGGAAAAGAUAGUAUUGAGGAGGACCAAAUGACAGCAGCUCGGCUGGCUAAUACAGUGUCGAACUCAUUAAAGGGAAGACCUGUCCAGGGUCGUAUAUAUCAAGGUAAAGAGCCACCACAAUUUGUUGCACUUUUUCAGCCUAUGGUGGUACUUAAGGGUGGUUUGAGCUCAGGCUACAAGAAGCAUGUAGAAGAAAGCGGUUUGACGGAGGAUACUUAUACACAAGAAUGCAUUGCUCUCAUAAAGAUAUCUGGCACUUCUAUUCACAACAACAAAGCUAUGCAAGUUGAUGCGGUGGCUACAUCUCUGAACUCGGCUGAAUGUUUCCUUCUGCAAUCGGGCUCUUCAAUCUUUACCUGGCAUGGAAAUCAAAGCACCUUUGAGCAGCAUCAGCUUGCUGCAAAAGUUGCUGAGUUUUUGAAGCCUGGAUCUACUCUAAAACAUGCAAAGGAAGGAACUGAAAGUUCAGCCUUCUGGUUUGCCCUUGGAGGGAAACAAACUUACACCAGUAAAAAGCCUUCGCAGGAGACUCUGAGGGACCCACAUUUGUUUACAUAUUCAAUCAGAAAAGGAAAGUUCGAGGUUGAGGAAGUAUACAACUUUUCGCAAGAUGAUUUGCUGACAGAGGAUAUCUUGAUUCUGGACACUCAUGCUGAGGUGUUUGUUUGGGUUGGCCAGUCGGUAGAUUCCAGCGAAAAGCAAAGUGCUUUUGAAAUUGGUCAGAAAUACAUAAACAUGGCUGCAUCUCUGGAGAAUUUGUCCCCAAAUGUACCCCUGUACAAAGUGACUGAAGGGAAUGAACCAUGCUUUUUUACCACAUACUUUUCAUGGGAUUCUGCAAAAGCAACAGUUCAAGGAAACUCAUUCCAGAAAAAGGUUGCUCUGCUUUUCGGAGCAGUACAUGCUCUCGAGGAAAAGUCAAAUGGCAGUCCAGGAGGACCAAGGCAAAGAGCUGAAGCUUUAGCUGCCUUAACCAAUGCAUUCCAUCCAUCUUCUGGGAAACAAUCUUUCAUGGAUAAAUCAAACGGUUCUAGUGGAAGUGGUCCAAGGCAAAGAGCUGAGGCCUUGGCCGCCUUAAAUUCUGCCUUCAGUCAAUCUUCUGUGGGUAAGCUUUCUCCUGUUCAGAGGUCAAGUGGGACAGGUCAGGGUUCGCAGAGAGCAGCCGCUGUAGCAGCUCUUUCUAAUGUUCUCACUGCGGAAUCGAAGAAGAAAUCACCCGAUGCAUCUCCAACGAAAUCAAUUGAGAAUGCCCCAUCCGAAAAUAGCUCACCAGAUUCUCAAGAAGUGUCAGAGCACAAGGAAACGGAGGAAGCUGCUCCUGUUACACCGACUAGCGUGGAGGAUUCAGAACCUAAGCAAGAAAGUGAGCAGUAUGAGACUGAUAGUGCAAGUGCCCCAACCAUAUUCAGCUAUGACCAACUGAGGGCUAAAUCUGAGAACCCUGUUACUGGGAUUGAUUUCAAAAGGAGAGAGGCGUAUCUCUCUGAUGAGGAGUUCCAGAGCGUGCUUGGAAUGACCAAGGAAGCUUUCUAUAAAUUGCCAAGGUGGAAGCAAGACAUGCACAAAAGGAAAGUCGACCUCUUCUAGGUACCAUAAAUUCGACUGAGUGCUUCGGCUUUGCCUACUUCACAUGCUUAUUUGUGGGACUCUCCGUUUGUUCCCCCGUUCAUUGACGAGUUGAGUGUUCGUUUUAUUGGGACCCUCAUGCCCUCGAUUGCAUUCGUGUCUAGCGUCAUGCCUUCUGAUUAAUUUGUAGCUGUCAGAAGAAAUGUGUUUGGUUUGUGAAUACUUGGGAUGCCUUUAUUAUAUAUUUAUUUAUUUUUCUUUUUCUUUUUAUUUCACCCCUGGAAGAAAAGGGAGGAACCUGCUGCCUCCAUUUCAUUUAUGGUCGGGGUAAAAAUGGUAAAUGAUAGUCGUCGGUCUUUGAAGAAGACAGCGAAGUGGGAAAAUUCUUUUGUUUUGUUGGUCAGCUUGUAAUCUCAUUUGUGCCUUUUCCCUUCUCCUCAUUUCAUUCAAUUACACUUGUGCAAAAGGGAUGUAUAUGUAAUAUUGCAUAUUUCUUGGUUUUAAUUUUUUGGACUUUAAUGUAAAAAUGUGACAUUUGUUGGUCUGUAAUCGUAUACGUAUAUUAUGUGCUUUCGUUUC